AGGAAAUUCAUCAGUGCUUCAUCACGCCAAGGAUUACCAACACUCACAGGACUAGCUCUACCGAGGAUUAUUCUCAGUUUUAUUGCUUCCAGCAAAGAAUAAACAGAAUGGUCAACGUCAGUGGAAUCUGCUUCGUGCUGUUCUGUCUGUGUCUGCGAGUGAGCAUCGCGAUGCCAUCCUACGACGACGAAAACAGGCUGGCAGUGGAUAAGGAAGCCUACAUCCGGCAGCUCGCGGAAUGGCUCGCGAACCAAUCGGCCUCGUCGCUGGUCGCGUCCAACGACAUCUACAGCCUGCCGCCGUGUCGGCCGUGCUUCUACCCGAGCUACCAGACGGAAAGCGCCGGCGGUCCCGCGGCCACCAUGUCCCACAAUCCGUACAGCAAACGGAACUCCGAGCUGAUCAACUCACUGCUCAGUCUGCCCAAGGACAUGAACAACGCCGGCAAAUAGGGUGGUUCAUAGGUUGUGCUGCUGCAGGAAUUUUCAGCAGGGAGUGCACUGAAGCUCUCAAAUUAAAAAUAAAAAUCAAAUUAUGAUCUCAAAUUCGCGCAAAACCACGUGUCCAAUACAAUACCACCCUGCCCGAGAAUGCCACUGACAAUUUUCGUUCGUUCGUUCGUUAGUUCUUCUGCAUUAGAUAAGAGUGACGUCAAGAAAAGAAUGAUGCACGCAAAUCCAUAUUGAUGUUUAAGAAAGAUGAAGAAUGUUUAAAUAAAGAUACUUUGGUUGAAUAA